UUUAACUCGAUUAUUAACCACGAAACUGUAUAACUGGCCAUAGCUUCCUUACAAAAGAUGCGUUUGCUCAACCCUUUCAAACAGUACCCUUUGGUAUUGCACACAAUAUGCUUCAGUUGAUAUUUCUGAGCGUAUUAGUGGGCGCGGCUGUUGGUGGGCAGUCGCCAAACGCCCAAUUCGUACAAAGGACCUAUGGAUCAAAUCCCAAAUUCUCUUCCGAUAUACUCGAAGAUGCCACGUUGGAUGUGCCUGGCCUAGUCACUAAAUAUGGCUACCCAAUCGAGAUCCACGAAGUCACCACCUCUGAUGGUUACAAGCUGACCAUGCAUCGCAUCCCCUAUGGAAGGGCAGGAAACAAUGACCCAAAUACUCCAAGACCUAUAGUGUUCUUAAUGCACGGCCUUCUAUCUUCCUCUGCUGAUUUUCUUGUGCUUGGACCAGGGAAUGCAUUAGGUUACCACCUUGCCGACGAAGGUUACGACGUAUGGCUAGGCAACGCCCGUGGUAACUUCUACUCGCGCCGUCACAAAACCUUAAACCCAGACGCUAGGAUCAACCAGAACUUCUGGAGAUUCAGCUGGGACGAAAUCGGCAACCGCGACCUGCCAGCGUUCAUCGACCACAUCUUAGCGACGACUAAGCAAUCUAAACUCCACUAUAUUGGCCAUUCACAAGGAGGCACUUCGUUUUUGGUGUUGACUUCGUUGAGACCACAGUACAAUGAGAAGUUUAUUUCUUUCCAAGGCCUAGCACCUGCCUCCUUCUUUACUAAUAACGACGAUUCUACUAUCACAUCUUUGGCUUCUAUGGAAGGUAUAUUAGAGCCGGCUGCUUUUGCAUUAGGUAUGGGUGAGGUAUUUGGAGAUCGUGAUUUCAUUUCCUGGCUAAUAGAAAACCAUUGCAGCCCUGGUUCGAUAUUGGAAUCGUUCUGCGGAUCGCUGUUGGUCACUGGAAGAUCUGAAUAUUUUAACGAGACUAUGGAACCAAUAUUCAUGGGUCACGCUCCAGCAGGUGCGUCCGUCCGCCAGUUCGCCCAUUACGGUCAAGUUAUUAGAUUCGGCAAGUUCCGCCGCUUCAAUCACAACAGACUAACCAAUCUCGCGACAUACGGCUCUUUUACACCGCCAGAGUAUAAAAUUGAGAGGAUCACGACACCCUCUUAUAUCCAUUACGCCACAGCUGAUACUCUGGUUCAUCCGAAAGACGCCCAGUUACUAUGCAGCAAAUUGCCAAAUUUAAAAGGUUGCUAUUUGGUACAGAGUGAAACAUUCGACCAUUACGAUUUCAUUUGGGGAAAUCGCGCUAAGAUUCGUGUGUAUGAGAAAGUUUUGAGAUUGAUGAGGGAGGCUGAACAGAAUUAAAUGAAGAUCAGCCUUUUUUCAAUUAAUUAUCUACUGUCACUGAUCGUCUUAUUAUAAAACGAGGAAAAUAUAAACCGUUGGCUGCUCAAAUCAAAUUGACACAAGACAAAACGUCAAACGC